GUCAACCGUCAGUAUAUAUAUCAACAUUCAACAAUCACCGAGCAGUUAAUUCUAAAGUAAAUAAGAUAUCAAUAGUGUACCAUCUUACUCGAUUCACAAAAAGUUUUAAUAACGUGUCGUAAAUUUUAUAAGUAAUCGUGUGGUAUAUGUCUAGUUAAAGUUUUCUUUUUAAAUAAUUAUAUAGAGAAAAAAAAUGACUCAAGCUCGGCUUGCCUCCUGUAUUCCAUUGCCUUUGGAACAUAAAGUGCUAGUCACCGUGAUUGAAAAAGCCAAAGAUUGGGCGUUAAUGCAUGGUGUCGGAAUGAGAGAUAAGAAGCACUUCACCAAAGAUGCAAUACAGAUAGCACCAUUUGUUCUCCUGCCAUCACCCUUUCCACGAACAGAAUUCAACAAAGCCAUCGAACUACAACCUAUCUUAAAUGAACUGAUGCAUAAGGUCGCACACGAUGACGAUUUUCUUGAGCACACGUUGCAGAACACUCUCCAAGUCGACGAGUUCACGGCAAAACUAUACGAAAUAUGGGUCAAGGUCAAAGACGAAGGCAUAACACAGCCGAUAUCACUAGGGAUGCUGAGGUCAGACAUCAUGCUGGAGUCAAGGUGUCCGCACACAGAGAACCAGUGUGCGAAACACACGCCAUAUUGUUCAUGGAAACAAGUGGAGAUCAACAGUAUUGCGUCCGGUUUCGGCCAUCUUGGGCCAUCGCUCAGCCUCGGCCUCUUCCGCUCGGACUAUCUAUUGCAGUAUCCCGAAGGAAACAAGAUAAAACAAGUGGAGUUUAACACGGUGGCAUCGAGUUUUGGCGCCAUCUCGUCGAAUCUCCCCGACAUGUCUCGCUACAUUCUUCGUCAAUUGGGACAUGGUGAUCUUAUUAAAAAUAUGCCUGAAAACCGUGCAUUAUCGGGUCUGUGUUCUGGCAUAAUCGAAGCGUACGAUUUAUUCGGCGUACCAUCCGCUAUUGUACUAUUCGUGGUCGAAGAGGUCUCGUACAACAUAUGCGACCAAAGAUUUCACGAAUUUGAAAUAUCCGAAAAAAGGCCUGAUAUCAUGAUUUAUAGGAAAACUCUCAAUGAAAUAUUCGAAGAGACGACGCUGAAUGAUAAAAAACAACUUUUGCUGGAAGGUUAUCCAGUGGCCGUCGUCUACUACAGGUCUGGCUACGAACCAGCUCAGUAUCCCUCCUCCAAGGAAUGGGACGCGAGGUUACGCGUCGAGAGAUCGUCGGCCGUGAAGUGUCCGUCGAUCCACUACCAGCUGGCCGGCACGAAGAAGGUGCAGCAGGCGCUGGCGGCGCCCGGCGCGCUGGAGCAGUUCGUGCGCGCCGAGCUGUGCGGCCGCGUGCGCGACAUCUUCACCGGCCUCUACUCGCUCGACUUCGACGAGAGCGGCGAGCGCGCCGUCGACAUGGCGCUCGAGGACGCCGAGAGGUUCGUGCUGAAGCCGCAGCGCGAGGGCGGCGGCAACAACCUGUACGGCGCCGACGUGCGCGCCGCGCUGCUGCGCAUGCGCCGCGCGCGCGAGCGCGCCGCCUACGUGCUCAUGGAGCGCAUCCUGCCGCCCACCGUGGCGGGGUACGUGGUGCGACCCGGGGGGGCCGUGCCGCCGCCGGUCACUGACCUCGUGUCGGAGUUGGGCAUCUUCGGAGUUAUCAUUGGGACCAGAGACAAAAUAUACUGCAACCGUCAAGCGGGACACAUGCUGCGAACGAAGCUAGCGGAUGCAAACGAAGGCGGAGUCGCCGCUGGACUCGGGGCUCUCGACUCACCGUACUUACUCGACGUGUGAAUUAUACACUCGUAAUUAUUAUAUAAAUAUAAACAUAAAAAUUGCAAAAUAAAAAAAAAA